AUGCUGGCCCUGAGUCCCUGCUCAGCAAGGUCCAGCUGCAGUGCUCCACGGCGGGCAGCGCCGGGUGCUGGUCGGGAGGCGCUGCUGGCCUGUGAGGUCGCCAGGCAGCCCCACCGCCAACCUUUGCAGUGCCUGAUGUGCGCUUUGGGCGGCGGCAUUUUGGCCACGGAGCGCCAGAGGAUGCGGGCAGGAAGCAAUGGCUGCACGGGUGACCUAGCCCGGGCCCGCUCCGUGAGGAUGCAGGCCGCGGAGAAAGGUCUCGAUCGCAGAUCCAAGGAUGAGGACGAAGAUCUGUGGAAUGACAUUCGCAAUCCACCACCUGGUCAGAUCAACUCCUUCGUCCCUGGAGCAACGCUCGAGGAUGCAAAGAUGUUCGCAGCGACGCGAACCAUUGCGGUGGCACCGUGGUCGGAGGACGUCACGCCGAAGCCUAUCUUUGCAGUGUCGGACAACACUGGGCAAGUGGCCAAGAUGAUUGCAGAGAUGGGGUUCCGACAGUUCGGUGAUGUGCAGAAUGCCAUGGUCGAUGUCAUCCCGGCCGUGCAGACAGAGGAGGAUGUCAAACGGGCUGUGGAGCAGGCAGCGAACUACGCGCCAGAGGAAUCACUUGCUAUUGAGCAGGCUGGGGCCAUGAUUAUCUUCUCUUUGUCCACCCAGCUGGGCAACUUCCUGGUCAGCGAGUGCGGGCGGCAGGGGGUGCCCUGCAUCAAUGCCAUGGGAUCCGUCGUCCAGGGCAUUGAGGCCUGCUUGAAGGUUGAACGAGGUUCAACCGAGCCACCCGCCAAACCACGGAAGACGUUCUAUGCCGUGUCAGACGCGUCGGCCGAGGUGGUGUACCUGAUGCUCUGCAAGGCUCUGGACCAAUUUCCUGAGUCGUGUGUGGGAAGCAUCACCGUUUGCUCUGAUGUCCGCAUGCUUCAGGAAGUCGACCACAUUGUAGAUGCCGCCGCCCAGGACGGCAGCCUCGUUGUCUACGCCCUGGCCUCUCCCGGCAUGAGCCGCUUCCUCCGGCAGCAGUGCGAGCGAGCCAAGAUUCCUUAUGCCGACGUCUUUCAGCCGGUGGUCAUCGCACUGGAGAGAUACUUCGACUACCCGCCGGUAGGUGUUCCUGGAGGACAUUACUCCAAGACGGACGUGCUCUCGGCGAAGUCUUUGGAGACAGGAUGGCAGCAGAAACCCGUUACCUACUGA